GUUUUACCUACGAGAGAGUUCAGCCUACAAAACCUGAACGACUCCUUCCGCUCUUCCUAUAAUUACCCCUCACCUCUCUCUCUUUCUUACUCGCUUCUCUCUCCCUCCCUCGCUCUUUCUUUUGGCUCUCCCACUUCCACAGGAGAGAGCGAGAGAGGAGAGAGGGCGAGUCAACGAGAAUAAUUGGCAGCACGUAGGAUUCUGCAGCGAUGGCUAGACACACAACACUGCUCGCCACCCUCCUCCUCGCGGCGCUCGUCGCCACCGCCUCCGCCGAGCCCCGUGCCACCCGCCGCCUCCUCGCCGACAACGUCGCCGCCGUAUGCCAGUACGUCACCGUCCCCCAGCUCUGCACGUCCCUGGCCGCGAGGUCGGGCGCCACGUCCUUCCAGGCCCUUACCGUCGCGGCCGUCAACGAGGCCUUGUCCACGGCCGAGGAGGCGAAGGCCACAGUGGACAGGAUCGUCGCGGCUCCGAUCACAGACGAGAAGCUGAAGGCCCAACUCGGCGUGUGCUUGGAGAACUUCGGGUACGCGGUCGACACUCUCCAGAAGGCGGCCACGGACCUGCAAACCGGAGCGGCACACAGUCAGUCAGUCUCCCACAUCUCGGCGUCGGUCACCUACGUCGGCAACUGCAACGACGCCUUCAGCGAGAACCCCGGUCUGGUGUCGCCGGUGGCGGACAUCACCGGCAUUCUGAAGAAGUUGGUCAGCAACAGCCUGGGUUUGGCCAUAGGCGUACAUAUGCAAGCAUCCCGCAACUGAGAUGUAUGCAUGGAAACGAGGGAAGGAGAAAUGUUUUGACAGAGGAGAUAACAUAUAUAUCAUGGAUCACAAAAACGUUGUGGUUUUUUU